AUGGACGUCGACGAUUUGGACUCGUUGGGGUCGAAUUCCAACAAAGGCUCGCAGGCCUCCGUGGCAUCAGAUGACGGAGAGCCUGCCCCGGCUCCACCUGCUCCUUUGCUGAGCCCAUCUGCCCACAACUAUGCCCGUGUCAAGCAGGAGCGCUUGCGAAUGGGUGAGGUGGACAGCUUCCGAGGCAUCAACAGCGCAGACAUUUCGCAAGAACAAGCGCAGCAGAGCAUCGACUCGCGGUUCCGCAGCAAGGUCGAGGCGGUGCUAAAGCGCCUCCUGGCUUUUGCACGCUCGCCAGGCGAGCUGGCGACCUUUUUAGCCACGGAGCUGCACGCCACCAAAGUGAAGUGUGGCUACGCGCUGUGCCUCAUCGGUGAGCCGGCCGAUUCGAUGAUCGUGCUCGUGGACGGCUAUGCGCAAGUUCAUGCCAAGGAGAUUGGUGCAGUCGGAGUCCUCGGGCCGGGUGCCUCAUUCGGUGAGGCUGCGCUCAUGGGGCUUCUGCACGUUCGCACGGCGACGGUGCAAGCACUCCAGGAUUGCAUGGUGGUGGAGCUUCGACAAGAGGUGCUGGAGAGGGCCAAGUUUCGGCGGGUGAAGGAGUCACUGCUGCUUUUGGCAUAUGAGAGAUGCCAGCAAUCGCAGCAGUGCGUGCCAAUGGGCGCCCUACCCCUUGGCAUUUCGCCACAAGAUCCCUGUGCUGCGAUCGUGGCACUGCAUGCAGAGCGCAUGGACAUACCUCCAGGUGAGGCGUGGCUGCCAAUGCCGGACUCGCACCCCGCUGGGCCCCACUUUGGCGUCCUCGUGGCUGGUUUUGCCCACAUAGAGGUGGGUGGACGGCGAGUAUCGCGGUUGAAGGCAGGCAGCUUUGUACCAGAAGGCGUUUUGGCCGACAGUGGUGCGAUCAUUCGGGCAGCCUCCAACUGCUUGGCAUACCGAGUUCCGCAGUAUGAUCUGCUCCUGGCGGUGGGCUCGCGGCCGGAUUGUCGGGAUUGGUAUGACAAGUGCCGGGAGCAUGAGCGACAGGCACGUGAGGCGCUGGGGCAGCGCCUGCGCACUGCUUUCAAGGCGACAGCCUUGUCACCGACUCGCCCAGCCACGAGCCCCUGCAGCCUGCAAGCCAAAGCGGCUCCGAAGUGCGUGCUCAAGGCACCUCCAGUUUUCCCGGUUGAGGACAACCGUCGAAGGAUUCCCCAGCGCCGGAAGAAGGGCAGCAGAGCUUUCGAGCAUCAGAAGGCGAUGGAGAAGUCAAGCCAAGUUCCUCUGAAGUGCAGCUCUACCACGCGGCUCGACCGCAGCCGAAGUUAUGGCUGCCCACUCUCGCAGAGUGUGCAGGAAGCCAAAGACCUCCCGCUCCCAGCAGCACCGGUGCUGCAAGCGCCCCCACCCAACUCGGUGGAGUGGGAGGUCCAAGACAUUGGCCCGGGCUCCGACGAAGGCGAAGGAGGCGAUCAUUCUGAUCUUCCAGUUCGGCCAGCGCUGCCACUGAAGCAGCUGCCCACUGCACAGUACGCCGAUGGUUCCUCAGAGGAUCUGCCACUUCUGCCGCCGCUGCCACCUCCGGCACCAGUUCAGCAAGCACCGAGCCAGGUGCUCCCUGCGCAUGGUUCCCUUGCCGGACCUGAGGAUGGUGCCGGCACCCAAGCGUUGCAGCUGCCUCCACCGGCACCUCUCAAACCGGCACCGGCGGCACGGCAACGGGAGAGCUCUCCCGAGUCGGAAGCAGGUGGUCAAGAGCUCCCAUUGCCACCCCCGGCUCCGGUGAAGCAGGCGCCACUUCAAACGCAGGUGCACUCGGACCCCGACUUGGAGGAAGGCAUCGAAGUCCUGGAACUGCCGCCCCCGGCGCCACUGAAGCCCGCGCCGUCGGCGCAGCUGCCUGGCGAUGGUGGGCUGAAGGAUCUGCCCUUGCCGGGGCCUGCACCUGUGCGACCAGCUCCUUCACAAGCUUGGGUUGAGUCUGGAGACGGUUGCAGGCCGCGGGUGACCCAAGGCCGCCCGGUCGUCCCACCGCUGCCGCUGGCGAAGGAGGCGCCUGUCGAAGAGGAAGCGCCGGAACCCGAACUGGACGACCGGCCUAUAGCUGUCGAGGACAUUCGGUUUUGGACGGUGGAGCGCUACCAGAUGCACCGCAAGAAGCGGAAGUUCAUGCGGGCCUGCAGUUGUGAGCACUUCGAGGAACAGAAUCUCCGGCUGGUGCUGUUCGCUGCUGUCCUGAUAAUGCUGGGCGUGAUUGCGAUUGGUGCUCGCGACCUGAUUCGUGACCGACUUGUCAACGAGGCUGUCAUGGUGAUGGGCAUCGUCUUCAUCGUGCUAGUGGCAAUCAGUGUCAAAUGUGCCUCGGUGCUGCAGCCGUCUCAGUGGCUCUUAAAGAUGUGGCAUUUGAGAGACAGUCCUUCGAGAAGGCGAAGGCGGGAAGCCGCUUGGUGCCUGGUGCCAGCGGCACUGCUCACGCUACUCGUUUGUUGCACGGAGGUGUUCGUCUUCCCCAGAGGCAUCGAGCGUGCUGGCAGAGGCAGCUCUCGGCUCCCACGACGGGCUGAUCUCCUGCCGGGGGAGAUCCCAACUGGCGAUGAACUGCUGGAGGCUGCAGAAAACGCUCGAGAGCAGGAGGUGAUCAGCCAGGUCCUGCCGAAGCUUCCGGCCUGGCUGGAUCCCAUUGUGGGUAACCUCCUGCUUGUCAUGCCUGUGGUGGUGAUUGGCAGCUGGGUUGCCUUCUCUGUCUGGGCCUACAAGGAAGGUCAGAAGCAGAAAGAGGCAGAUGAAAAGCGGAAGCUACGAAAGGCCAUCAAGCCCCGACGCACAGACACCACAUUGAUUCGUAGCGCUGCCUGCGUAAUGUCUGCGACACUGCCCAUGGACUUGCCCUGCUGCUGCCUGCUACCUUUGCAGGGGAGCUGGGUAGAGUACUUGGUCAUCGAGAAAUUGAAGGAUCAUCACUGGCUUUGCGUUGACGUCGACUGGUGUUUCAAAGAGCUGGGCUACAUUGAGUCAGCAGCUGCGCAAGCCUUUGGACAUCAGAAGUGCCGUUUCGGAAAGCUCGAUGAUGCCCAGCGCUUCAGUGACAGCGACUUGCAGUCGGACCAGAUCCUCUGCUUCUUCCUGCGGACCACUGCAAAGGGAGAGCCGCUCCCCAGCCUGCGGGAAGGUGAAUGGCUCGAGUCGAGUCCUUUCGAUUUCCAGGGCCAGAGCUUGCAACCCGAGUAUCCUCGGGGCGAAGGGCGCGGACUACUGCAUCCGACGCACCUCGAGGCUCUCCGAAAGAUUGCAUGCGAGCUGCGGCCAUGUAUACGCAGCCCCCAGGACUUUCUGCAGGAGAGCUUGCAGCUCUGGGUGCGUCUGGUGUCGUUGCUGUCGAUAGAUUCAUCCCCCAGAAACGACGGGCGAAAGGCCAGGGCAAACGGCAAGCGUAGCAAAGGUGGCAAGGGAGGCAAGAGCCAAGCGAGAGGGGUUAAGGGCGGCGCUGCCAUGGCUCUCGCCGACUCGGAGGACUCUGAGGAACCGUCUGACACGCAGGAUCGCUAUGAGGAUCCGAAAGGGAGGGAAGGCUUUGAGAAAGUGUUGCGGUGCUGCUGGAAUCUCCUGCGCCCUGAUGCUCAGAAGCACUUCCUGCGCGAGGCAAACAACUUUGUGGCCAGCAGUCUUCAGAAAAGCCUGGAAACGGACCUCAAAGAGGACCCGGAACGGAGUGUGGAGGACAGGCUGAGUGACAAGCUGACACAGCUUGCGGCUGGCAUCCGGGAGGGUCAGAGGGCACAGUGUGGAGAUCACCUGCAUGGUUCGCUGUUGAUCCUCGUGAACUAUGAGAACAGUGUCCUGAUGUCUCCUGGGACUUUCAAACCCGGGCAGGAUGGAACGCACAAGAACGUUGAGAGAAUCGCCCACUUCUUCUAUCAUCGCUCUGCCGUUAAGUUCUUCUCGACCGUCCCGGUGCCUUCCGUAGGGCAAUGUCAAGCCCUGCAUCGCUGGAAGGAUGCGCUCGGAUCACUCGGGCCGCAGAGCGCAAGUUCGAGUGAGGUCCACAACAUGUCGAGCUCGACAACGUCGACAGACAUGAGCGGACUGUUCAUGCUGUCGGGCACUUUGCUGUGUUUCGUGGCUGGCUUCCUCCUUGAAGAUUGGACUGACUUUGCAAGAUUGGCUCCGUGCUGCCGUCGUUUGUGCAGCACUGCUUGGAACGGAGAGAGCUGGAAGGCAGUGCCAGUCUUGGGUCGGGAGUCACUUGAUGCGCAGAAGGAGAAGAUGUGGCGAGGCCAUUUUGGGAAACCAGGGCCUCUCCUGGAUGGACAGAACUGCCUGAGUCGAAGAGUCGUCGGCUUACUUCUACUGGCACUGCGAACAUUUUCUGCGCGGCCGAUGUAUUUGGAUCGUGAGAUCCACAGCCCAGAAAGUGCUCGGCUGCGGAGCUUGGUGAUCAGCUUUGACCUGCCCGGGCUGCGGCCUCGUUUGGAUUUCAGUCGAGAGCGACAGGACCUAUCUGGCAUGCAUCCAAGGCGGGAGGAGCUGGAAACCGUGAGCACUGGGCCCACCAGCAAUGCACUCUCGCAACAGCUCCUGAUGCCCCGCACCCUGGGCUUCGGGCUUUGCUCGAGAUUUCAGGGCAUCUACGCAGAGCUAGAGCUUCGCUUCGAUCGCCAGGACCUAGAAGCCUACAAGAUCUUGAGUAUGGCUCUAAUCAGCUCAAAAAGUGGUGGCAUCCCAGUCAGCAUCAUCAACACCCUUCAUGACGACCUCUUCGCCUGGAAGCUCAUGCUGGUGGGCAAGGGGCCACUGUUGGAGGAGAACUCUCCGACCGAGCAAGGCCGUCCGAUGUUCGAGCCAGGGGCCUACUUCCAGUUGAGUGGCGGUGGGCCACACGCUGAGAUCCGACUUCCUUGGGAGCCUCGGCAGUUGCAAAGCGGCGAUCGUCUGGGCUUCCUGGCCGUGGAGGAGUCUGGGCCUGGGAGUGGACAUGGCGAGCUCGAGAUCGACAUGCUGUCCUCCGGCCUGGCACUGGUGCACAACGGCGAGAUUGUCGCGGCCAAGUGGGUGCCGCCCCUUCGGGCUGGCAGGUCUGGAAAGCCGCUCCUGAGUGUGAAUGAACCGAUCUAUGGCGAGGGGAUGGCAGGAAUGCAGCUCUUGGUGGAGCAGUACUUCGGGGCCCGAGGAGGAGAUGCUUCCUUACACUUGAAUGCGGCAGCCCCCUCCCUCGAGUCUUUCUUUAAGAUGGCCGGUUCGGGGCCCAACACGGGGAUCGGGAUCCUGCCUCUGGCUGCUGAGGAGGAGAAGCGGUUGAAGCGCAAGAAGCGCAGACCUACGGCGUUCCAGGAAGCCUUGCAGCUGGAGAAGGAAGUGGCCGAAGCUGCCGACAGGUCCAUAGUGAUGGAGUCAUGA